AUGAAUGUCAUUAAAAAAGCUACAGCCGGUUUAAGAUACUUGCAUGAUCUUGAAAUUAUCCACAAAGAUUUUAAACCUUCGAAUUUGUUACUUUUUGGUUCAGUAAAUAAUUUCCAAGUGAAAGUAGCAGAUUUUGAUGACAUGCCUGACAUAAAGAAUACUAUCACAGCAACAUUUACAACAACAAAGAAACAAUGUGUUGGGAUGACACUAGCUUACACUGCCCCUGAACUAUGCACUGGGUUAGUGAUGAAACCAUCAUACCAAACAGAUGUAUGCUCAUGGUCCAUUACAAUUUUUGAAAUUUUGUCUGACCAAGCAUCACCAUGGGCUAAUGUUUUGCCGGUUGUUAAUGAUUUAUUGCUUUUUGAAGCACUAAAGAACAAUCAAAGACCUUUAGUAGAUCAUCUACAGACAAUAUAUUCAAAAGAGGACUAUGAAUUCAUAGCACCUAUAAUAAAGAAAAGUUGGACUUGUGAUUCAUCAACAAGACCUACACUGGAGCAGGCAAGUUUUAAUUUGUUUGCAUAUAUAUAUAUACCCAUCUUUUUACCUAUAUGUCAAACUUUAGAAGAACAAGAUCUCAUCCAUUUUGUCAAUUUUCCUUUUCAGAUAAUGGACAUGCUUAACAGAAAAAGUCCUGCAACAGUUAAAAAUACUGAUGAAGAAGAAAAAUGUUGUAGCCUGGAUGCUUUAUACCAAGUAGGCAUAUGCUUUUUAUAUUAA